AUGUAUAGUAAUUGUCAAUUCUGCAGUACAUAGAUAGAGGAACAUAAACUAGCAUCACACGAAUAUUAUUGCCAAAGAAAUAUCAUAAGAUGUGAUAGAUGUGGGGAAUUUUAUGAUAUAAAUUAAAAAUAAUUGCAUGAUGAAGAAUAUCAUUAAGUCUAAUAGUGCCAUGAGUGCAAGAAACAAGUUUAAGGUUUUCAAUUUCUUUAUAUUAAGAUUCGAAAAAACAUAUAUGUAGUAAUAAAUAAAUUGUAUGUGAAUAUUGUUAACAAUAAAUGCUUUAUGGUGAGUAUUAAAAGCAUGAGAAAACCUGUGGCAAUAGAACAUUACGAUGUAAUUAUUGUCUUGAAUAUAUAAUGAUGAGAAACAUAUAAUAUCAUUAAAAAAACUGCCCUGCUUUAAGGGCAAAUAAAUAGGAUUAGAGAUAAAAAAAUAUCACCAUUCAAGAAAUUUAGAAAAACGAAAUCAAUAAACUUUACUCCAAUUAGGGUUCAAACUAUAGUAAAGAUUCAGCUCAAGCAUAAUAAGGUCAAUAAUAAUUAAUUUAAUAAUUAAUUGGUUUGGAACAUAGUAUACAAGAUCCAGAAGUAAGCAAGUAUAUUUAAGAUAAGAAAUAGAUUCAGCAUUAUGAAUAUUGGAUGGCCUAAUAUCUAUUAAAUGCUAAUAUGGAGUAGAUGCAAAUGCAAAAGCAUAUGAAAGAUUCUAAAAAUAAGCCCGUGUAUUCUUAAGGACCUAAUGCAUCUUAAACUUCAAAUUAUGAUUAUUUCAGAUAAGAAAUUGACUAUCAAUAAAAUACACCAGAAAAUCAACUUUUACAUUAAUAAUUUUAAUAGAAUUAACAUAAUUAGAAUUAAAAUUUAAAGAUAAUGGACUAUUAAUAAAAUCUGUCUUAAAAGGUUUAAAAUCCAUCUGGAACCAAUUUCUAAUAGCCAUUUGCUUUAGAAUAACAAUUCAAUGACAACUCAAUUAUGGGUUAUCCGAAAAUGGAUAUAGGUCUCAAAAAUCAAAUAUAAUAUGAUUAAAAUAAGUAAAUGCAAUCACAAUAGAUGAAAUAGGAUAAUGAAAAAAAAAGAAUUUUUGAAAAUAGAAAUUCUUAAAAUAAAGAUGUCAAAAAUUCUAUUAAGGAUUCUGAUUAUAGUGAUAGUAUAAUAGGCAGAAUAUUGUUGGAGUCUAUUUAGGCUGAUUAAUUACAAAUGAGUUAUGCACAAUAUAAAUAACAUCAAAAACUUUAGAAAGAAAUUGAGACUAGAAGAUAGCAAUAGCCACAACCUAAUAUUAUCAAUUAAAAUUAAGCAUCCUCCAUCGAUACAGAGUUUUACUAUUUGUCAGAUUAGGAGAAAAUCUAAUAAAGAUUGUUGAUGGAACUUAUUUAAUAAAAUAAAAGGAAUUGAACAAGAU